UUUUUGUUUUUGGAGAAUGUCUGAUACUGGAAAUAAUGCUGAUAAAGGGAAUGCCGACUCUUCAUUUGCUUCGACAUCUGCUGCUUCAAAUGAAUUUAGCGGCGUUUUAAGCCCUUUGGAACCUUUGGAUCCAAACAAAUUCAGAAAUAUAAUGUUGGAUAAACCUGAAAAAACGGCUGCUCAACGUGUUUCUAUGGAGUCUUUAUCGAUGGAUAGCUCUACGAGCAAUGAAUUUCGAGAAAAAAGUGUUUCGCUCGAUUCAGCAACCCCAAAAAGUUUUUACCAUCAAACAGCACCUCCAACUCCUAUAACUCAUUCACAUCAACACCAACCGCCACAGUGUCAUUCACAGCCACCACAGAGUCCAGCUAUUCAACAAUUACAACAACGAAGUAUGUCUUUGCAGCAACAUCCACAUGUUCAACAACAACAACAGAGUCAUUUACAUCAAUAUUUUCCGGCACAACCUCCAAUGCAACAAAUGCAGCAGCCUAUGCAAUCUCAACACCCUUCCCAAACUCUACUUCCUUUCUCCCCAAUCCAGCAAAGUCAAUAUGGCAUUUCACCACAAAUGAUUCAGCAUCCAAAUAGCAUGAUGCAUGGACAUCCACAUUGGAUACAUCAUCAACAACAUCUACAGCAACAACAAUUGCAACAGCAACAAUUACAGCAGAUACAUCAGCAACCUCCACCAUAUCAACAACAUAUUUCUUCACCAAAUCAACAACAACAAAUGUAUCAACAACAGCAUGCUUCUCUUGUUAAACAACAAAUAGUUCAUCAACAAAUACCUCAUCAACAUCAAAAUGUAACGGCUUUUAUGGGAACUGGUGAGGGUUGUGGCAAUAAUGUACUUCUUCCUAAUCAACAAAUUGGUGCCCCUUCACGUUUCUCACCUCAUCCACCUCCUCAACAACAACAUCAACAACACUUGACGCCUUCUAACCAACAAAGGCAUCCAUCUUCCUCAACUAUAUCACCUGAAUAUUUAAACUAUCAACAACAACAACAACUUAAACUUCCUCCACCUCGUUAUGGUCAAUCUCCACAAGUUGUCGCUAAUAAUUAUUCUCAAUACCCAGCGGGUUUUCAACAACAUCAACAAAGAGCAGCAACGUUUCAAUCUCCAACAGAGAACCUUAUUCAAUCGCAGCAGCAAUCACAUCAAAAUUCUUCUUCAGAAAAAAUUAUGCGACCUACACAAAUUGUUGCACAUGGAGCACCAGGCGGCUUUUCAUCUCCCGAAUAUACUUCAAACUUUAAUUUAUCGAAUUGUGCAAAUGUUCCUGCUCAUAUGAUGUAUAAUCAACAAAUUUCUCACCAACAAUUACCUCCACAGAGACCACAACAAAUGUUACAGCAUGGAAUAAUUCAACAGCAACAACAAAUACCUUCACAAGCACUUGCUCAAUCUUUAGUUCAACAACAUGUUAUUGUAACACCUACUGGAAAUCCUGUAAAUCCAGAAAUUUGUUUAACUGGUUGUGUUUUUCUUUUAAUUGAUGAUUGUAAUCCUCAACUUGUUGACAGUUAUCAACUUUCCAGUGUUAUUCGUUUUUAUGGAGGUGAUGUUGAAUCAAGCAAUCCACGUGGUAUUCCUGAGCGUAUUACUCAUAUUGUUUGUUCUAGUUGGUUUGAUAAUAAGCAACUUUUAAUUGGUGCAUUGGCCACUGUUGGGGAAUUUAUUGAUAAACAUCGAAAUCGUCGUUUUCAGCGUAAAGCUCAACGUAUAGUAACUUUACAUUGGUUAAACGAUACAAUAGGAAAAAGACUAGUUGAGCAGCCAUCAAAAGCUGCUCAUUUGCCAGGAUUUUGGAGUGUUUUAAACCCAAAUCCAGAAAUUUCUUCAAAAAUAAUUUCUUUCCAUGGAUUUGACCAAAAUGAUUCCAAUGCGAUAAAAUAUAUGAUACGUUCAAUGGGUGCUUAUUGUGUACCGUUUAAUUCAAAAACUGAUUUUCUUGUUAUUAAUAAAAGUUCAUUGACAGACCAAAUAAUUGAAAAAUCUCAUUCAUUCAACACUCAACUUGUCAACUAUAAAUGGCUUUUUGAAUUAUAUUUUGGAAAUAUUAAUGUUCUUGUUCCAACAGAAGCUCAACGUUAUUUUCCUGAAGCUGAAACUUUAUUAACUUGUGUUACAAUUUCUCCCUAUUAUUUGGGAAAAAUGAGUGAAUUUUGUGCUAGAUUGAUGGCUCCUUGGAAUAUACAAAUUCCAGUUAAAGAUGAGAUUAUUAAUUCUGCAUAUUUAAUGAAAAGAACAAUUUUUCAAGAUGUCAGUGUUUUCCCUGAAAAACUUUUUAGAUUAACCGAUAAUGCACCAAGUGAGGAACAAAUAUCAAAAGCAAUAGAUGUAAUUUCUGCUAGCAAUAAAGAACCUAUAAAUAUUUUUGUUCUAUUUGAUGGAUUUACAAACGAACAGGUUGAUAAUAUGUCCAAAAAAGUUAGAUUUUUGGCAGCAAAAGUAGUUGAGUCGCCCAAUGAAUGUACUCAUUUUGUAACUAGUUCUCUUAGAAAAAGCGUUAAUUUGGUUACAUGUAUCGCUUUGGGAAAGCAUAUUGUUUCUCCUUACUGGGUAGAAACAAGCUUCAAAUGUUUACAGUUUGUCGAUCCUCUCCCUUUCUUUGUCAAGGAUCGUGAAAAUGAAAGAAAAUAUUGUUUCAGUUUAAAAGUUUCUGUUCUUCGUGCAAGACAACGUAAAAUAUUUAAGAAUAUUAUUUUCCAUAUUGGACAAGGAACUCAACCUUCCUUUAGAAUUCUUCGCCAACUUGUUGAAGCAGCUGAUGGUAGAGUUGUAGAAGAAAAACCAACAAAAAAGGAAUUGAUUGAAUAUAUGCAGAAUGACCAAACAUAUUUUAUUGUUUGUAAUCAUAAUGAUCUAGUCUUUUAUCAAUACCUUAUCAAUUGCAAUUUUCCAAUUUUCAACGAGGAUUUUAUCAUAAUGGCAAUUUUACGUCACAAAAUAGAUCUCUCACCAGAUUUUCAUGCUUAUCAAAGUUUAUCAAUUCAAUCAUUAAAUAUUGGGAAGAAAUGA